ACUAGAUGACACAUUGGGCUCGGCGGGUUACUGCUUGACUGUUACGUGGGUGACGUUCUUUAAGACAGGUCAGAUAUUUUGGAGCUUUGCCUUUGCUGUGGCCCCUUGGACUAGAUGACACAUUGGGCUCUGUGGGUUCUUCCUUGACUUUUAAGGGGGUGACGUUCUUCAAGACAGGUCAACUUGGAUAUUUUGGGGCUUCAGCUGGGGGCCCUCGGGACUAGACGAGACAUUGGGCUCUGUAGGUUAUUGCUUGGCUGUUAAGUGGGUGACGUUCUUUAAGACAGGUCAAAUAUUUUGGAGCUUUGCCUUUACUGGGGCCCUUGGGACUAGAUGACACAUUGGGCUCUGUGGGUUCUUUCUUGACUUUUAAGUGGGUGACGUUUUUCGCAAGAGGUCCACUUGGAUACUUUAGACAAGACGUUGGGCUCUAAAGGGUUCGUGCUUGACAUUUUAAGUGGGUGACGUUCUUUAAGAUAGGUCAACUUGGAUAUUUUGAAGCUUCAUCUUCGCUGGGGCCCUUUGUACUAGAUACGUCUAAUUGGGCUCUGCGGGUUCUUUCUUGACUUUUAAGUGGGUGACAUUCUUCACAAGAGCUUUAGACAAGACAUUGGGCUCUGAGGUUUCAUUCUUCACUUUAAAGUGGGUAACAUUCUUCAAGACAGGUCUACAUGCGUAUUUUGGGCUUUUAGGUGGGUGACAUUCUUCAGGACAGGUCAACAUGUGUAUUUUGGGCUUUUAGGUGGGUGACAUUCUUCAGGACAGGUCCACACGGAUAUUUUGGGCAUUUGAGUAGGUGACGUUCUUCGGGACAGGUCCUCUUGAAUAUUUUGGAGCUUUUUCCUUUGGCCCAAACAAGACGUUGGGCUCUGAGGGUUCAUGAUUGACAUUUAAGUGGGUGACAUUCUUUACGACAGGUCAACUUUAAUAUUUUGGAGCUUUGGGGCCCUUGGGACUAAAUGAGACUUUGGGUUCUGUGGGUUCUUUCUUGACUUUUAACUGGGUAACGUUCUUCAAAACAGGUCAACUUGGAUAUUUUAGAGCUUUUCCUUUUGGCCUAGACGAGACAUUGGGCUGUAAGGAUUCUUCCUUGACGUUCUUUGUGACAAGACCCCUUGGAUAUUUUGGUGCUUUGCCUUUUGGGAGGAGGGGGGCCUUGGGACUAGAUGACACAUUGGGUUCUUGCCUGACUUUUCAGUGGGUGACCUUCUUCAAGACCAAAUCUGCUUGGAUAUCCUGGAGGUGCCAACCAUGGCAACGGCCAGCAGUAUUGCGUCCACUUUGGCCAGCAAGACCAAGACGAAGAAGAAACAUUUUGUGGCUCAGAAAGUCAAGCUCUUCCGGGCCAGCGAUCCUCUGCUCAGUGUCCUGAUGUGGGGAGUCAAUCAUUCGAUCAAUGAACUCAGUCAUGUCCAAAUACCUAUUAUGUUAAUGCCCGAUGACUUCAAAGCUUAUUCGAAAAUCAAGGUGGACAAUCACCUGUUUAACAAAGAAAACAUGCCCAGUCACUUUAAAUUUAAAGAAUAUUGCCCCAUGGUCUUCCGUAACCUAAGAGAGAAGUUUGGAAUUGAUGAUCAAGAUUUUCAGAACUCCCUGACAAGAUGCGCUCCUCUAGCCAAUGACUCACAAGCACGCAGUGGCGCACGCUUCCAUACUUCCUGUGACAAGAGGUACAUCAUCAAAACCAUUACAAGUGAAGAUGUGGCAGAGAUGCACAACAUCCUGAAGAAGUACCACCAGUUCAUUGUGGAGUGUCAUGGGAACACGCUUCUCCCUCAGUUCCUGGGCAUGUACCGGUUAAAUGUAGAUGGAGUAGAGACGUACAUGAUUGUCACAAGGAACGUCUUUAGUCACCGUCUAUCUGUGUAUAGGAAAUACGACUUGAAGGGCUCUACUGUGGCAAGAGAAGCAAGUGACAAAGAAAAGGCCAAAGACCUGCCAACGUACAAAGAUAACGAUUUUAUAAACGAUGGUCAGAAAAUCUACAUUGAUGAGAACAACAAAAAGAUGUUUCAGGAGAAACUAAAGAAAGAUGUUGAGUUUUUGGCUCAGUUGAAGCUUAUGGAUUACAGCCUGCUGGUGGGAAUCCACGAUGUGGAGAGGGCCGAGCAAGAGGAUGUGGAGAGCGAGGACAACGAGGAAGAAGAGGGUGAAAGUGAUGGGAUGCACCCUGUAGGCACUCCUCCAGACAGCCCCGGGAACACGCUGAACAGUACAAAGGCUCUCCCUCCCGGGGAGUUCGACCCAACUAUUGAUGUAUAUGGAAUUAAAAGCCAUGACAAUGCACCCAGGAAGGAAGUCUAUUUCAUGGCCAUUAUUGACAUAUUAACUCACUAUGAUGCAAAAAAGAAGGCGGCCCAUGCGGCAAAAACUGUUAAACAUGGAGCAGGUGCAGAGAUCUCCACUGUUAAUCCGGAGCAGUAUUCUAAGCGUUUCUUGGACUUUAUUAACAACAUCCUGACGUAACCUUUCCUGUUACCAGUAGAAGGUUCUAGAAGACAGGACAGACCUUGGUGGAGUAUGGUUGGAAAGACAGACGGACCGUGCUGGAACUUGAGCUCACCAUGCAGAGAAGAACAUCCCUCCCCCAGCAACCUACAUCUUCUGGAAAAGAUGGCCUGAGUGGAGGGAAUUUACUAACUUCCGUCGCUUCCUGGCAUAGUCCUAGUUAUUUUUUACUUUUUUCAUGUUUAAUUCAAGGAAAAAACAAAAACAAACAUUGAAUCUGCUCUAUGAAGUUGCACAAAAAAAUGAUGAUAAUGCACAGCUGCAAGUAGCGAUAAGUGGAUGAAGUAUUUGGGAUCCAGCAAAGCAACAUGCAUGUGAAGUUUAUUAAAAUGGUAUCAAACAGUAAACUGUAGAUCAGUUUAUUUUAUUUUUAUUAUUUUUUUUUCUUUAGUGUUAGAUUGUCAGUAUUCAUUAGGAUAAUUACAAUAGAAGAAAAAAAAAAACACUGCUUAAGUUCUGCAAAUCUUAACUAUUGGUGCAAACCGUAACUGCUCACGGUUCCGAAGGACAAGCGUGAAAGCAAUGCAUUUUGGGAGGGGACAGAUUUUCACCGCUAUACAAAGAGCUUCAAUGCGUGAUGCUUCAUUAAAUUCAAACUGGGAUUGUUGAUGCCAUAUUGACGAAGUCCAUGCGUCUCUCCACCCUUGCCACCAAAAUCUGCACUUCACCUUAAAGGGGGGGCUGCUUUUUUCCUUUUUUUUUUUUUUUUCUCUUUUCACUUUUUUUGUAGCGGUACCAUCCAGUUUUAAUGUUACAAAGACAAGAGUGCUUGCAUAGAUUUAGGCAAUACGAAUAACCUAUUAAAUUCUAUAGCUUUGAACAAGCAAGGUCAACCAUGGGAGUCGAUAAAGAACAACUGUUUACAUUGUAGUGUGGGGGGCAUUUCUGUUCUUGCCUGUAAUCUUCACGUCUGUAUCCCAAUAUGUUCCAUAGAUGUUAUUUUCAUGUGUUACAAUUGGAAAUACAGCAAUUGUAUGGAUUCAG